AUGUCUCCCUCAACCAAUCUUCGCCUUGUGUUGCAGAUCCUGCAGCUGCAACUGCAGCGACAGCUGCAACAGCAACGUCUAAACCUGAUGGUGAUCCAGGCACAUGACUCUGCGAUGGACCUGGCCAGUCAGCCGCAAGUUCCUGCUCAAGUCCCUGCUCAAGUCCCUGUUCAAGUUCCUACUCAAGUUCCUACUCAAGUUCCUACUCAAGUUCCUGCUCAAAUCCAAGUCCACGUUCCUAUUCUGGCUCCACCACAAAACGAGGGCUCAGUCUUUCUCGAGGACAUAAUGGUCGACGUUACACAUAACCCUGUGUAG